GGCCGCUGCUCUCUGGUCCCUGCACUUGGAACAGCCAGCGCGAAACCCCUGGGAGCCAUGCAGCCCGCCGAGACCAAGCUACCCAGAAGCAGCCUGCUCCGAGCCCUGAGACACUACAGCUCUGCUGUGAGGGACAUGGAGCAGACAGUCAUGCUGCCGAGCCUCCUGCGUGAGGUGCUCUACGAAGAGGCAGAAGAGGUGACGGGCAGAGCCGAUCUCUAUGAGCUCUACCUCACGCUGAAGGCGAUCCGAGUGACGGCGGAGAGCGGCCUCAUCCCUGUGGAAGACUGCAUGGCUAAGGCCUACCACACCCUGGGGGGGAACCUGGAGCCCCUGACGGAGACGGAUCCUGAGACCCUCUUCCACUUCCACCUGGAAGGACUCCUCUCCGUCAUCAGCAACCUCACCAAGAUGUCCCAAGCCAUCACCACAAAGUACAUGGACAUCAUUGGAAUCACCAGCUAAACCAACUAAAGUCAACAGAACAAAAGAGAGCAUUACAAGGAUACCUCUUAAAAUGUACCUUUCUGUGUCAUUCAGAGACUAAGCAUGAAGACACAAGGAUGAAGAGUGUAGAGCUGUUUAAGGAUGCGAAUGCUGGAUGACAAGCAACAGCCUCUGUAAGAUCAAAUAAAGGUGCCCUGCUGAAACCACAA